GUAACCCAGCUGUUACCCAGUUUAUGCAGAAGAUGGGAUAUGGAACAGACUACUCAAAAUUGGAGCAAUACUAUAUGCAAAACAUCUUGAACAUUGUGUCCUCGGACCAGGAUGGGUAUGUGAUAUGGCAGGAAGUAGUGGACAAUGGAGUCAAGGUACGUCCUGAUACAGUGGUGGAGGUAUGGAAAGGGGGCUUCCAGGCUGAAAUGAGUAAAGUGACUCAGAUGGGACUUAGGACUAUCUUGUCCUCACCCUGGUACCUUAACUAUAUAUCCUAUGGUCCUGACUGGCCCAAGUACUAUAUAAAUGAUCCGCACAAUUUUAAUGGCACAGAUGCUCAAAAGAAACUUGUUAUUGGAGGUGAAGCAUGUAUGUGGGGAGAGUAUGUAGAUGGAACCAAUCUCAUAUCUAGACUCUGGCCCAGAGCUUCUGCUGUAGCAGAGAGACUGUGGAGUCCCAAGCAAUACAACAACACUGCAGAGGCCGCACCCCGUAUUGAAGAACACAGGUGCAGGAUGCUCAGGAGAGGUUUGAAUGCUGAACCUGCCAAUGGUCCUGGGUUCUGCAAAUACGAAAUGCAAGUCAAUUAGUCAGUAGCACCAGACCGAUAAUAUCAAAUAAGAGACAAUUCACCACAUUCCAGGGGGAAAAAUUGAUCAGCAUUCUAAAACUUCUGAAGGACUAUCAGCUUUUCUUAAUAAUGCUUAAAACAUUAUAUAAGACCAGUAAGAAGAUGCUAUUAUGAAUGGUAGAAGCUGCUUUUACAAUCUUUAUUUGAAACCAAGUAACUGAUUUUCAAGAUAAAUUUUCAUUUGACACAUAUUAAUGUGAAAUUCCUCUUUAUUAUUAAUUAAAUUUAAAUCAUUUAUGAAAUCCUCCUUGUUAUAUUGAAUAGGCAUCUUUGUUAUAUUGUGAAGGAAUAUAUUGUUUUUAUUAAAUUGUGUAUGUGUAAUGGAAUUAAUAUAUUAAAUAAUAUAUCUGAAAUGUAAAUGCUAUUAUUCGGAAUAGUGCAAGGAGUUCCACUGCAGUUUUUCUUUUUCUAUUUUGAGGUUUUCCUUCAAAAUGUCUACAAUUUAUACCUAUGUAUGCUUUUUUAAAAGAGGAAGGAAAAAAUCAAGAAUGAAAGACAUUAAUCUUUAAACAAGUUAUUUGAAUUUUAGACAAUUUAUUCAUUGACAUACAUAAGGCAUCCUGUAAAUGCUUUUAUAUGGUUACCAAACUAGUCAUUGUCACCAUAAGAUGUAAAGAAACAGACAUUGAGUAAAUAAUAAUUUUUAUUAUUAAUUAAAUUAUGUUGAAAAUGCAUUAUGGUAUGUUCCCAUGUUACUUAGUGAGCAGGUAGAGGACAUUGACCUACCUCAAGGUGACAAUCAGCUUAACUUUUGUGUCACCACUUUCUUCUCAACAAUUUAUACAUUUUUGAGUUAAGUUUCAAGCAGCUGAAGCAUAAAAAGACCUAUUUAUAUGUUGUAGACUCUAUGAACAAGAUUGGCUUUUUUACAGCAAGACAAUCUUAACUGAAAUUAGCAUAAUUAUUGUAAUAUUUUGGCCUUGUAUUAAUAUUGUUGUUUGAACAAACACCGUGUAUGCGAAUUACCAUUAUAUGUAAAGAUCAAGUUAGAACUAGAUGCUUGCAGCUGGAGACAUUUUUGCUUCAUUCUAUUAAUUACAUUCUGUCUGUACUUUUGUUAGCUUUACUGCCUAGUUGCUCUGAGAGCAGCAAUUAAAUUUGAUGCAAACAUUGAUUCUUUACAAGCAUUUUAACUUAGUACAUGUACACAACAUGUAGCUACAUAUGUA